CCUCCUCUUGCACCGCCUGAGAUAGGAACAUGUCUUUGCACAGCGCUCUUCUUGCGGGGUAGGUAACUCGAAUGCUCUCGCCUUUGAAAUUAACUAGCAAUAACAAACAACCACCAUUGAUAAAUAAACAUGCACGUUAAAAUAUAGAUGCAAUCGCCAGCCGAGGGGGGGAAACCCGGCUUUUUUUUGGAUGCAAAAAUAUUGUGCCUUGUGUUUGCUGAAGGUGCAAUAAAUCCUGGUGACAGAAUGACUUUUUAAAAAAAGAGUCUCUUGAUUUCUGCAAGGUUUGCAAAGGCAUCAUUCAUCCUCCACUGCUGGUUUGACGUUUUCUUUACCGAGAGGAAUACGGGAUUCUUUUAUUUAUUUUUUGAAAACCAAAACAGCUGUUCCUUUUGGGAUACUUUCUAAAUGCAUAAGGAGAACGCAGAUUUGUUUGUGUGUUUUUUUUUUGUUGCUCUUGGUAAACUUAUAGUGCUCCACUUACUGGCGAACGAGAAAAAAAUAAAGAAAAUCUUUGCAAGUGCUUUUAUUCUGUAGGAAAGUGGAGAAGAAGAGACGGAUGGAAUUGAUCAUCGCAUAUCAUAAUCGGCCUGGGAAGUGAUGCCGGGCACCUCGACGCGGCGGGCAACAUUUACAGCUUCAAUCGGCAGAACAUUUGCACGUUUCUGGAUAAAACGGAGAGGAUGCAGAAGCAGUAAUGUGUCGGGGGGCAUUCGCGCUGAAUUCGACAUGGAAAUGUGACGGCAAUGUAUGCACAAGACAUUCUAGAUUGAAACUGAAAUAGUUCUUUUGUAAGGAGUGCAGGACAUUGGGUGGGGGGGUGAGGAGGGAGAAAAUGACUUUAAGCCUGGGGAAAGUUUUUGUCCAACGUCGCCUGUGAUGGAUGGUACCAGAUCAAGAUACAAGGGUGCUUUGCCGAAUUGAGAGGAUUUAUAUAUAUUUCGCCCCACCGGGGCUUAUUUUGGGUGGGUUUUUGGUUUCUCUCGAGAGGUGUACGAGCUGUCGACUCGGAGCUGAUUAGCGGGGAGUUCUGAUAUUGGAAAUGGAAACUGGUUCAGAGUCGGCCCGACACCAGAGAAAGCUUGUAACGCACGGACUUGAAGACCAGAAAAGGAUUUACACCGACUGGGCCAAUCACUACCUGGUGAAGUCUGGUCACAAGCGGCUCAUCAGAGACCUUCAGCAGGACGUCACGGAUGGGGUGCUGCUGGCCGACAUUAUCCAGGUUGUGGCAAACGAAAAGAUUGAAGAUAUCAAUGGCUGUCCAAAGAAUCGAUCACAGAUGAUUGAAAACAUUGAUGUGUGCCUCAGUUUCUUGGCUGCCAAAGGGGUGAACAUACAGGGUCUUUCGGCAGAAGAAAUCCGGAAUGGAAAUCUAAAGGCGAUCUUGGGCCUCUUCUUUAGCCUGUCCCGGUACAAGCAGCAACAGCAGCAGCAGCAACAGCAGCAGCAACCACAGAAACAGCAGACACAGACACAGACACAGCAGCAGCCGCUGAAGCCACAGACGCAGCAACAGCCUGGGGUUGUGUGUCAGCAGCAGGGGGCCCAGCAUCACCACCCCCCACAGUCCCCGUGUCAACCUGGCCCUCAGCAGCAACCGCAGCCCACACCUCACCACCACCCCCACCACCACCCAGCACAGCAACAGCAACAGCCGUGCCAGCAAAAGGCGCAGCUGGAAAUGCAGUCAAGGCUUCCAGCUCCCACCACGAGAUUGUCAACUGCAGGCAGUGAGACCAAGACUCGUGUGUCCUCCAGUGCCAACAACAACCGGCGCAGUCAAAGCUUUAACACCUUCGACAAGUCCAAGUCUGGCCACAACCCAUCGGCAAGCAAUGAGAAAGUUCCCGAACCAGCAGACAACACAGCGCCGCAGCCAGGAAUGAAUGAGAAUGUCCAGCCUUCUACAAACACCAGUGCCAGUGGAGGUACCACAGCCAUUCCCCAGCCCAACUCUGCCAAGCCCUGGCGUAGCAAAUCCCUCAAUGCCAAGCACACUGCCACGUCUUCCAUGUUAUCCGUGAAGCAGCCCCAGCCAGAGCCGCCCAAGCCGCCGGUUGAAGCCACCGUCAAGGCCAAUGCCAACAGCCAGAAGUCCAUGCUGGAGAAGCUCAAGCUGUUCGGCACCAAAGGUGGCUCCAAGGCCAGUGGUGUCACCCUGGAGAUCUCCGGCCCUCGCGACGGCAGCUCCGAGAGGCAGGACCCUGCCCCCAAAAGCACGGACAUCCAGGAGGUGGACGGCUCGGCCAAAUGCCUCGUUGGCCCCGCGCCUCCAUCCAACAGCCCGAAGAUUGCACUCAAGGGCAUCGCACAACGCACCAUCAGCCGGGCGCUGAGCAAUAAGAAAGGCUCGCCCAAGGCCAACGAGAAGGAGAAGGAGAAGCUGAAGGAGAAGGAGAAGGACAAGGGGAAGGAGGUCUCCAAGAGGGCCUCCGUCACGGAAAAAGUGGAGGCGGAGAAGGAGGUGAGAGAGGAGCCGCAGAUUGCCGCAUCGGUCAUGCCAAAAAAGCCCUCCAAGAUCUCCAGCAUGAUUCCGAAAGGCGGGAAGCCGAGCGGGGCCAAGAAGGACACGUCCGCGCCGCAGCAAAGCGGGAUACCAAAACCAGGGCUCAAAACGGCCGCGGGGAAGUCGGCGAGCGCCCCGCCCGCUCCGGCAAAGGACGGCGAGAGGCCGCGUAGCGGGAGGCUGAGCGCUGGCGUGGCGCUGCAGAAAGCCCAGCUGGACAGCAAGAACUCCAGCUCCAGCAGCUUGGCCUCGUCGGAAGGGAAGGGGGCCGGGGGGACUCCCCCGCCAGCGGGCAGCGGCAGCGCGCAGGCCGCCACCACUGCCAGCACAACCCAAACCACAGUCAGUGUUCAACUACCUCACCCACAGCAGCAAUAUAACCACCCCAACACUGCUACCGUCGCCCCCUUCAUGUACAGGUCACAGACAGACAAUGAAGGAAAUGUAAUGACUGAAUCCGGCGUUGCGGGAUUGAACAUGGAUACCGUCCUCGACAGCAAAAACGGACAAGCCUGUAUCGAAGAACUGCCUGGGGAGGACCCAGAGACUCGCAGGCUACGGACCGUCAAGAACAUCGCCGACCUUCGCCAGAACCUGGAGGAGACGAUGUCCAGUCUACGAGGGACACAAAUCACCCAUAGCACGCUGGAGACCACGUUCGACGGCAGCGUCACCACGGAGAUCAGUGGCCGCAGUAUACUCAGCAUGACGGGGAGGCAGGCCCCGUUGUCGUGGCGACUGGGACAGUCCAGCCCCCGCCUGCAGGCAGGAGACGCGCCGUCGAUGGGGAACGGCUACCCGGCGCGGGCCAACACCGGCCGUUACAUCCACCCCGAGGCAGGCCGCUACAUGUACGCCGCUCCUCUACGGAGGCAGCUGGCCACGCGGAGCGGCAGCGUGUGUCACUCCGACGUCCCCGACAAGAGCGGCGAUGAGAUGGAGCUGGAGAGCGUCCACAUGGACGUGGCCGGAUACAUGAGCGAUGGGGAUGUCCUGGGCAAGAACCUGCGGACCGACGACAUUGCCAGCGGAUACUUAACGGAUGGUGGGUUGGGCCUCUACACGCGCCGACUUAACCGCUUGCCGGAUGGAAUGGCUGCCGUGCGAGAACACGUCCAGAGGAACGCAUCCAUAGGUGUGGGCGACGCAGACAGUUGGGAUGACAGCAGCUCCGUCAGCAGUGGAAUCAGCGACACCAUAGACAACCUCAGCACUGACGACAUCAACACCAGCUCCUCGAUCAGCUCCUAUGCCAACACUCCGGCCACCAGCCGCAAAAACCCUGACAACCAGCUACAGACAGAUGCAGAGAAGCAUUCGGACAGAAACUCUACUUGGUCCGGGGAAGAGGUGAAGAGAUCAGACGGUGGGUCCGACAGUGGGAUCAAGAUGGACGCCAACUCAAAGUGGAGACGGAACCCAUCGGACGUCUCCGACGAGUCGGAGAAGAGCAGUUCCAGCAAGAAGGCAACGGUAAUUUCCCAGACAGGAUCGUGGCGUAGAGGAAUGACGGCCCAGAUUGGAAUCACCACACCCAGGGCAAAGACCUCCACCAACACUCUCAAGGGCCACGGUGCAGCUAAAACCGAUGACGUUAAGGUAUCGGAGAAGGGCCGCUUGUCUCCCAAGUUGACGAACGUUCACCGUUCCCCUUCGGACGCGGGCCGCAGCAGCGGGGACGAAAGGAAGAAGCCCCCUUCCAGCGCGCCGCGCUCGGCCACGGGGACGAACACGUUUGGCUUCAAGAAGCACGGAGGCUCGUCGGGGGGCAUCACCAUCAUCACGGCCAGCGGGGUCACCAUCACCAGCGGGUCGGCCACGCUGGGCAAGAUGCCCAAGUCGUCAGGCCUGGUGGGCCGAGGGUCCGGGCGGAAAGCCAGCGUGGACGGCUCGCAGAACGCGGAGGAGAGCUACCUUAUUCUCAACGGGCGCACCAACCUGCAGUACCGCAGCCUGCCCCGACCCAGCAAGUCCAACAGCCGGGGAACCGGCAACAGGUCCAGCACCAGCAGCAUAGACUCCAACAUCAGCAGCAAAUCGGCCGGGAUUCCCGUCUCGAAACUGAAAGAGCCGUCCAAGGCAGUCUCGGGCAACCCCAUGCCUCUGUUACCCAACCAGACGGAUAGAGAGAAGGGAGUGCAGUCUGACACGGAGUGUGUGCCUUCAUUGAACUCGGUCAAAGCCAAUCCUUCGCAGAUUGCAGCCAACAGCACUCAGGGCACUCGACAGCAAGGAUCCAAAUACCCUGACAUCGCUUCCCCCACCUUACGCAGACUGUUCGGGGUCAAACCAAGUGCCAAGCAAGUUCCUGUCACAACUGUGGAUAACAUGAAGAACUCCACCGUCAUUUCCAAUCCCCACGCCACGAUGAACCAGCAGAGCAGCCUGGAGUCUCCCCCCUCCUGCCUGGGCAGCGGAGGCAGCAGCCCGCUCUACGGCAAGGCCUCGGACAUGAUACAGUCCCCCCUGGCUUCCAGCCCAGCUUCGCUCCAUUCCAACGGGGCUCCGUGGGGCACCAGCCUGACCAGCUCCUCCACCAUCAGUAAGGAGGGCCUUGGAUACCAGUCGAUAAGCAGCCUGCACACCAGCUGCGAGUCCAUCGACGUGUCUCUCGGCAGCAACGGUGGGGGUCUCAGCCACCACAACUCGUGCGGAGGGCUGAUGCCUUCCUCCAAAGACGACUGUCUUACUCCUUUCGUCAGGACCAGCAGCAUUAAGACGUCGUUGCCUGAGAGUGAUCCACAGCUUGAUAGGAAUACCCUGCCUAAGAAGGGAUUCAGGUACACGCCUUCAUCUCAAACGCGGAACAAUGAGGAGGCUAAAGAGUGGCUGCGUUCACAUUCCGCCGGUGGGCUUCAGGAGAAUAUCAACAAUUCGCCCUUUUCACCGGGAUCCAGCAUCACGUCGCCCUCUGGAACGAGGUUCAACUUUUCCCAACUAGCGAGUCCCACCACCGCGGCCCAGAUGAGCCUAUCCAACCCCAGCGUGCUGCGAUGUCACAGCGUGUCUACGCAGGACGGGUCACAUGAUCCGUACAGCGACGCCCGGUUCCGCAACAGUUCCAUGUCCCUGGAUGAGAAGCACAGGACGAUGAGCCGCUCCGGAUCUUUCCGGGAUGGAUUCGAGGAAGUUCAUGGAUCAUCCCUCUCUCUGGUCUCCAGCACCUCCUCCAUUUACUCAACUCCCGAGGAAAAGUCACAGUCAGAGGUGCGUAAGCUCCGGAGGGAGCUGGACGUUUCGCAGGAGAAGGUGGCAGCGCUCACAACGCAGCUGACUGCUAAUGCACACCUUGUAGCAGCUUUUGAGCAAAGCUUAGCGAAUAUGACGGGGAGGUUACAGAGCCUGACGAUGACGGCAGAUCAGAAGGAUUCUGAACUUAACGAAUUGAGAAAGACCAUCGAGCUGCUGAAGAAGCAGAACGCUGCUGCCCAGGCAGCGAUAAACGGAGUCAUCAACACACCUGAGCUCACCUGUAAAGGAGGCGGCAGCUCUCAGUCAGCAGAUCUAAGGAUUCGCCGGCAGCAUUCAUCAGACAGCGUGUCCAGCAUUAACAGCGCCACCAGUCACUCCAGUGUGGGCAGCAGUGCGGAGGUCGACUCCAAGAAAAAGAAGAAGAAAAACUGGUUAAGAAGCUCCUUCAAGCAAGCUUUUGGCAAAAAGAAGUCUCCAAAGUCUGCUUCAUCUCAUUCGGACAUUGAGGAAAUGAACACACCGGACUCGUCCUUGCCUUCCUCGCCCAAGUUUCCACGUAAUGGAUCAACUCCGUCCACCCCACUGCUGAGAACGUCACACUCCAACUCACUCAUCUCAGACUGCAUCGACGGAGAGGCUGAGACCAUCAUGCAGCUGCGAGGCGAGAUGCGGGAGAAGGAGAUGAAGCUGACCGAUAUCCGUCUCGAGGCUCUGAGCUCAGCGCAUCAACUUGACCAGCUCCGCGACGCUAUGAACAGGAUGCAGACGGAAAUUGAGAAGCUGAAGGCGGAGAACGACCGGCUGAAGUCAGAGACUCAGGGAACGUGCAGCCGUGCCCUGUCACAGCUCUCCAUCUCAUCAUCCCCACGCCAGUCGCUUGGCCUCUCCGAGCACAGCCUGAACCUGACAGAGUCCAACAGCCUCGACAUGCUACUGGAGGACAACGCGGACGGCAUGAACCGGAAGGAAAGCAGACAUGUGAAAAUAGUGGUCUGCUUGCAAGAAGAGAUGAGAUGGAAAGAGGAAUCUCGGAUGAGACAGUACAUUGUGGGCUGCAUUGGUGUCAGUGGGAAGACAAAGUGGGAUGUGUUGGAUGGUGUUGUGCGUCGUCUAUUUAAGGAGUACAUUAUCCAUGUGGAUCCAGUAAGCCAGUUAGGGCUGAACUCGGACAGUGUGUUGGGCUACAGUAUUGGGGAUAUCGUACGCAUCAACAACGUGGACACGCCUGAAUUGUUACCCUGCGGCUACUUAGUCGGAGAGAGUAACACAAUCACUCUGUCCCUGAAAGGUCUGUCAGAGCACAGUUCUGACUCCCUCGUGUUCGAGACGCUGAUUCCCAAGCCGAUGUUGCAGCGCUACAUCUCCCUGCUGACGGAACACCGCCGCAUCAUCCUGUCGGGACCAAGCGGUACCGGCAAAACGUUCCUGGCCAACCGCCUCGCCGAGCACAUGGUGCUGAGGGAAGGCAGAGAGCUGUCGGACGGAAUCAUUGCCACCUUCAACGUGGAUCACAAGUCUUGCAAGGAACUCCGGCAGUAUCUGUCGAACCUUGCGGACCAGUGCAAUAGCGAGGUCAACGCAGUGGACAUGCCCAGCGUGAUCAUCUUGGACAACCUGCAUCAUGUUGGAUCACUCGGCGAGAUCUUCAAUGGCCUUUUGAACUGCAAGUACCAUAAAUGUCCUUACAUUAUUGGCACAAUGAACCAGGCAACGUCAUCCACUCCUAAUCUGCAACUUCAUCAUAACUUCAGGUGGGUGCUGUGUGCUAAUCACACCGAGCCUGUUAAAGGUUUCUUAGGUCGUUACCUCCGCCGGAAGCUGAUUGAGACCGAGAUUAGUACGAGAACGAGGAACGCUGAGCUGGUGAGGAUCAUCGAUUGGAUUCCCAAGGUGUGGCAUCACCUGAACAGGUUCCUAGAAGCCCACAGCUCAUCUGAUGUUACCAUUGGUCCUCGACUGUUCCUGUCUUGUCCAAUGGACGUUGAUGGCUCGAGAGUUUGGUUUACUGACCUGUGGAACUAUUCCAUCAUCCCAUACCUGCUGGAGGCAGUGCGGGAGGGGUUGCAGCUGUAUGGCCGAAGAGCUCCUUGGGAAGACCCAGCCAAGUGGGUGAUGGAAACGUACCCGUGGGUUGCUACCCCCCAACAUCAUGACUGGCCCCCUCUCCUCCAGCUGAGGCCCGAAGAUGUUGGCUUUGACGGUUUCAUAACGGCCCGCAACGGUAGUUCCAGUAAACAGGCACAGCAGAGCGACGCGGAGGGAGACCCCCUUAUGAACAUGCUGAUGCGUUUGCAAGAAGCGGCAAACUACUCCAGCCCCCACAGCUACGACAGCGACUCCAACAGCAACAGCCACCACGACGACAUUCUAGAUUCUUCUCUGGAAUCCACGCUCUGAUUGAGCCAACUAAUUGCCAAAUUAAUCCGUCACUUCUGUCCGACGCCUCUCUGAGCAACUUCUGCGGGAGGUGAGGUCUCAGAAGAGGAACAACAGCCGACCAUUAACUGUGUUGGGCAGAAGCCUUGGUAUAUAUAUAUAUAUAUAUAUAUAUAUUAAAAAAUAUGGGGCUUUGAGUACAGGACACUUUAACUCAAUUUUAAAUAUCGUAGCUCCAUUGGGUGCAGGUAACCUAUGGGGAGACUACAUUCUGCGUUUUCACCCUGCCUGUUUUGUUAUAUAAAUGAGAACUGCACUAUUUCUUCAGUUGUGCCAAGCCAAUGAGGAAAUGUUGUACUCCGCGUGUAAAACUAGUUAAAAACCUGAUUUUCAAAGGUAAGGAUCUAAUAUCAAUGUGCCAUGUACUGCCCUGGAAAUAUAUAUCACGUGCUGCUGUUCCUAGACCGACAGUCAGCAGACACUGGACAUUUCAAACGACUUCUUCAGACAAUGAAGGAGAGCGAGGGACGUGGGCGGUGGGGUGGGGCGUGGG